AUGCACUUUCGCUAUUGUUUGAUCUUAUGUAAACUUUUCUUUUUCUCUCUUUUUCAGUUUUUGAAGGAAGAAUUUCUGUUACGGAAGUGCAAAACUCCACUUCGCAUAACAAAACAGAGGUGCUUUGUGGGACUUCGUUCGGGUUCGCGCAAAACAAAGGUUUGCGGUACAUCGCUCCGGAUCGCAAAAAUCAGAGUUUUUGAAGGAAGAAUUUCUAUUACGGAAGUGCAAAACUCCACUUCGCACAACAAAAUAGAGGUGCUUUGCGGGACUUCGCUCGGGUUUGCGCAAAACAGAGGUUUGCGGCACUUCGCUCCGGAUUGCGAAAAUCAGAGUAUGACAUCUCGAGGAUCCUCGAAUACAUUGGUUGAUUUUCCAUCCAAGAUAUGCCCAUGUCCUCGAGGGAGAUUAUGCAUGGUCAAAAAAGUGCAAAAGAAUCCUAUAAAUCAAGGCAGAUUAUAUUAUGCCUCAACUUGUAAUAUUAUGUUGAGGAAUUACGGCUCUAUUCACCGAAAAAUAUCAACAGAGCCGAGUCAGGAGUUGCAUCAAAUGAAAAUGAAGAAAUGGCUAUCAUGAAAAGAGAAUUGAAGUUAAUUAGAAGAAGGAUGGGCUUUUUUAUGUCAAUAAUAGUACUAUAUGGAGUUAUCAUAUCUUUACUCACUGGAAUUGUAAUCUCAAUGUUAUUAUAUAGGUAGUUAUAGGAGUUAUUCCUGAUAAUUCUGUAGAACUUGUUUUUAUUAUGCUGUUGAAGUAAUUUAGAGAAGAAUGAGUUUUUGUCUUUCUCAAAACGAAUAUGUAGAUUGUGUCUAAACCAGACCAGUGUAUGACACUCUGAAUAGUGAAUAUAAAGCCUACCCAAACAUCUAUGUGUUAAAUUCUAGUUAUAACCAACUUAGUUAUUUU